UCAGUCAGUGGAGUCCCCUCCCCUGUCACUGCGCUCUAGCAGAGGAAAGGGAGAGACUCUGCGCUUCAUACGAGGUGGGGCUCGACAGAAAGACUUUCGCUCUGAGCCAUUAACAUAGAUCAGAAAAGGACAGUGAAAAUAGGCUAGAUUGAAUCGAAGCGUCAACUAGUAUUUGCUCACUGUUUCUGAGGAUACCCUUUACGGAAUAUUCUUGUGGACUGUAUUAUUUGUUGGCUAUGGAAUAUGAAGGAUUCAUUCAACCUAAAUGCGUAAGAUGGCGUUUGUGUGGACUACGGUGGCAGGUACUCAUUUUUUUCCUGUAUUUCAGUCAUAUUGUCAGUGGACAAAUCCGUUAUUCCAUUCCGGAGGAGAUGAAGAAAGGCUCUCUUAUCGGUAACGUAGCUCAAGACCUGGGGUUAGAUUUGAAACGUCUCCGAGCGGGCAGGGCUCGUAUCGUGACCGGAGAAAGCAUUCAGUACACAGAGCUGAAGACAGACAAAGGGAUUCUAGUCGUGAGUGAGAGAAUAGACCGAGAGCAGCUUUGUGGCGACGUCACACCGUGUAGCUUCAGCUUUGAAAUUAUUUUAGAAAAUCCCAUCGAAUUACAUCGUGUUACAGUUGAAAUUGUGGAUGUAAAUGACCAUUCACCUGUUUUUAAGAAUAAUCAUAUCAAAUUUGAAAUCAGCGAAUCUGCUACUCUUGGCUCUCGUUUUGUGCUGGAGAGUGCAAAGGAUCCCGAUGUGGGAGUUAAUGGACUACAGGAGUAUGUUUUAACUGAAAAUGACAAUUUCGUUCUGAAACAACAUUCGAAUCCUGACGGUAGUAAAUUUGCAGAAAUGAUUUUACAAAAGCCUUUGGAUAGAGAAGAGAAUCCUCGUCUCUCUCUCAAACUAAUCGCUGUAGACGGUGGAAAUCCGCAGAGGUCUGGCUCAGUAAAUAUAGAGAUCACUGUCCUAGAUGCCAAUGAUAAUGCGCCUGUGUUUAACCAGUCAGUGUACAGGGCUACUGUGAUGGAAAACGCUCCAAAAGACACCUAUAUCACCACCGUGAAUGCCAGUGACGCAGACAGUGGUUCCAAUGGUAUAGUGAUGUAUUAUUUUUCGAAUUUGAAAGAAAACUUGGCAGAUAUAUUUGACAUUGAUGAGACAACUGGCAAGAUAUCUGUUGUUGGACAAAUCGAUUUUGAAAAAGAUAACAAAUAUGAAAUUAGAGUUGAGGCCAAAGACCAAGGUGGCUUGACAGACCUCGGUAAAGUUGUCAUAGAAAUAGUUGACAUAAAUGACAAUGCCCCAGUCAUAAACGUCAUGUCUUUCACUAGCCCUGUGUCUGAAGAUGCUUCUCCUGGAACCACGAUUGCCGUUGUAAACGUUAAAGAUGCCGAUUCAGAGAGAAACGGACAGAUUACAUGCUCUGUAGAUACUAACUCGUUCAAGAUAAAAUCGUCGCUAAGUAGUUAUUAUACGUUGAUCUCAGAUGUAGCUUUUGACAGAGAAACGACUCCAGAAUACAACAUAACCAUUACAGCAACAGAUUCUGGUUCGCCUCCUCUCUCCAGCGCCAGAACUUUACACCUUAGAAUAUCUGACGUAAAUGAUAAUGCUCCAUUGUUUCAUCAGAGCUCAUACUCUGCUUACGUCACAGAGAAUAACUCUCCUGGAAUGUCCAUAUUUACUGUCAGCGCGCGGGACUCUGAUUGGAAUCAGAACGCGAGAAUAUCGUACCUGUUGGAGGACACGCAGAUCAGUGGAACUCCAGUCUCUACUUAUAUAUCAAUUAACUCUGAAACAGGAGUUUUACAUGCGGUGCGCUCCUUUGAUUAUGAACAAAUAAAACAGCUUAAACUCGUGGUUAAGGCGCAAGAUGGAGGCUCUCCUCCUCUCAGUAGCAAUGUGACUGUGAAAAUAAUGAUCCAGGACCAGAACGACAACGCGCCUCAGGUUCUGUACCCAGUCCAGACUAGCAGCUCUCUGGUGGCUGAAAUGGUGCCUCGUUCAGCAGAUGUGGGCUAUCUUGUUACUAAAGUGGUGGCUGUUGAUGUGGACUCUGGACAGAAUGCCUGGCUCUCGUAUAAACUGCAGAAAGCGACAGACAGGGCGCUGUUUGAAGUGGGCUUACAGAAUGGAGAAAUAAGAACUAUACGCCAAGUCACUGAUAAAGAUGCUGUGAAACAAAGGCUCACUGUUGUAGUGGAGGACAACGGGCAGCCCUCUCGUUCAGCUACAGUCAAUGUUAACGUGGCGGUGGCGGACAGCUUCCCUGAAGUGCUCUCGGAGUUCACUGACUUUACGCACGACAAGGAGUACAAUGACAACCUGACUUUUUACUUAGUCUUGGCUUUGGCUGUAGUCUCAUUUCUGUUCAUCACGUGUUUAGUGGUUAUUAUAUCAGUGAAAAUAUACAGAUGGAGACAGUCUCGCAUCCUCUAUCAUUCCAACCUCCCGGUUAUUCCGUAUUAUCCACCGCGUUACGCAGACACUUUGGGGACAGGAACUCUACAGCACGUGUACAAUUACGAGGUGUGCAGGACGACUGACUCCAGAAAGAGUGACUGUCAGUUCACCAGACCCUAUAGUCAGAACGUAAUGAUAAUGGACCCCAGUUCUACAGGGACGAUGCAGCGGAUGCAGAACGAAAAGAACAUCCUGGAUGAACCAGACUCUCCAUUAGAGGUGAGUUUAUUGGAGUUUAAAUGGUAUUGCACAUUGGCUUGGAAUAUAUCUCUAUCUACAUUGCCUUUUGUGAAAAUGUCAACUAUUUCGUUCGGUGCCUUUAGGUUAAUUUAUUGUGUAUGUCUAGUCUACAGUGUACAGUGUAGGGCUAAAUCAUUUCUGAUUAGCUUCGGAUUUUAUACUAUGCCUGCUGAUUUUUUUGCGCAAGAUGGAGGCUCUCCUCCUCUCAGUAGCAAUGUGAGUAUCAACAUAUUAAUUCAAGACCAGAACGACAACGCGCCUCAGGUUCUGUAUCCAGUCCAGACUAGCAGCUCUCUGGUGGCUGAAAUGGUGCCUCGUUCAGCAGAUGUGGGCUAUCUUGUUACUAAAGUGGUGGCUGUUGAUGUGGACUCUGGACAGAAUGCCUGGCUCUCGUAUAAACUGCAGAAAGCGACAGACAGGGCGCUGUUUGAAGUGGGCUUACAGAAUGGAGAAAUAAGAACCAUACGCCAAGUUAAUGAUAAAGAUGCUGUGAAACAAAGGCUCACUGUUGUAGUGGAGGACAACGGGCAGCCCUCUCGUUCAGCUACAGUCAAUGUUAACGUGGCGGUGGCGGACAGCUUCCCUGAAGUGCUCUCGGAGUUCACUGACUUUACGCACGACAAGGAGUACAAUGACAACCUGACUCUUUACUUAGUCUUGGCUUUGGCUGUAGUCUCAUUUCUGUUCAUCACAUGUUUAGUGGUUAUUAUAUCAGUGAAAAUAUACAGAUGGAGACAGUCUCGCAUCCUCUAUCAUUCCAACCUCCCGGUUAUUCCGUAUUAUCCACCGCGUUACGCAGACACUUUGGGGACAGGAACUCUACAGCACGUGUACAAUUACGAGGUGUGCAGGACGACUGACUCCAGAAAGAGUGACUGUCAGUUCGCCAGACCCUGUAGUCAGAACGUUCUGAUAAUGGACCCCAGUUCUACAGGGACGAUGCAGCGGAUGCAGAGUGAAAAGAACAUCCUGGAUGAACCAGACUCCCCACUAGAGGUGAGUUAA